AUGCCCAAUGUGGAAAUCAAAAAAGAAAUAGUGCGUAUCUUGGAUAACAACAAGAGUGGGCCACCAGCCGCAGACGCAGCUUCCAGUGGUCGUCGGGGGAGCGGGCCAGAUUGGUCCGCACACGAGCCCCCCAAUUUAUGUAGUCCCGGUGGGGACGUGCAGCGGGGCGGUGGGGCCGCCCCCGGCACCCGCAGUGGUGCCGGUGGUGUGGGCCCCACCGGGCCCACAAGUGGUUCCUGGGAGGCCGAAACGCCGCCCACAGCGUCGUGGCCGGGCGCUGUGGGCGGCCUUGAAGGAACUCAAGAGGGAUCUUCGCAGAAGAGAGCGGAGUUCUUCCGCCACGAGAAGGAGAAGUCGCUCAUGCUCAAGAGGGCGGCUGAGCCGUUCGCCGUCGAGAGGAGGCAGGAGGGCCGGAAGAGGCCUGGAUCGAUCAAGGAGCCGACCAAGGAGGGCCGGAAGAAGCCCAGUCGUGCGCUCCAGGAAAGUAGGGAGCGGUCGGACUGGGAGGGGGAGAUGUUACGGUUUCUUCUAGUGGUCGUAGUCACCUUUAUUUUGGACGAAACUCUUUUCGUACGUCCUUCGCAGAUUCCUUCGCCGACCGGUUCAUCACGAGGAAAGAAGGAUGUUACCAGCUACAGUGAAGCUGAUCUUGAACGAUUAUAUGAAGAAUGGGAGAAGAACGAUCCAGAGAAAGGUGAUGAUGAUGACGAUGAACAAAUACAAAAGCGUAAAAAAGUUGCCAUCGAUUUAAAGGAACAUGGCUCAGAGGCUAAAAAUCCGGAGGAGUUACUCAAAAUGACGAAAAGAGGUGAAACCCUGAUGAUUGAAGCUGAUCUUGAGCGAUUAUAUGAAGAAUGGGAGGAGAACGAUCCAGAGAAAGGUGAUGAUGAUGACGAUGAACAAAUACUAAAAGCGUAA